UACUAUUUGAACAAUACAUUGCAGGAGAUGCCCAGAAGUUUGUUACAGUUUUAGGUUUUCACUUUUCACAAGCUAGCAAAAGCAGAACAAUGUACAGCAGCAGCCUUUUGAGACCAAAAGAAAGGAAAGAAAGAAUGAGUGUCACACAACUUAUGGCUAUGAAAAUGAAACAGUCAGUGGAUGCCAUCUGUGUGAUCAUGGAAGAAGAUGACAGUGGGAAAUAAUAGUAAUGAUUGAUGGUUCAGGUGCAAAAGCUGGCAUAUACCAGUUUAUCAGC